UUUAGGUUAUGCAAUUGGCCUGGGUAGGCAGGAUUCAGGGGCAGGUCUUGAGCUUAGGUGCAUUGCCUCUGAGCAGCAUAGAGACUCACCGACCCCAGAACGGCUGUCCUUCCAGGAUGUGGCUCUAUACUUUGGUCUUGGCUUCUCUCUCUGCUUGCGCGGCAUGGGCAGGACACCCGUCCUCGCCCCCCGUGGUGGACACGGUGCACGGCAAAGUCCUGGGGAAGUACGUCAGUCUGGAAGGAUCUGCGCAGCCCGUGGCCGUCUUCCUGGGCGUCCCCUUUGCCAGGCCCCCUCUUGGGCCCCUGAGGUUUGCUCCACCGCAGCCGGCAGAGCCCUGGAGAUCUGUGAAGAACACCACCUCCUACCCUCCUAUGUGUUCCCAAGAUGCAGUGGGGGGGCAGAAGGUCUCCGAUCUCCUUACCAACAGGAAGGAGAACAUUCCCCUCCAGUUCUCUGAAGACUGCCUCUACCUGAACAUUUACACUCCCGCAGACCUGACCAGGAGAAGCAGCCUGCCGGUGAUGGUGUGGAUCCAUGGAGGUGGUCUGGUGGUGGGCGGGGCAUCCACCUAUGAUGGACUGCCCCUCUCUGCCCUUGAAAACGUGGUGGUGGUGACCAUCCAGUACCGCCUGGGCAUCUGGGGAUUCUUCAGCACUGGGGAUGAGCACAGCCCAGGGAACUGGGGUCACCUGGACCAGGUGGCUGCUCUGCGCUGGGUCCAGGACAACAUUGCCAACUUUGGAGGGAACCCAGGCUCUGUGACCAUCUUUGGAGAGUCAGCAGGAGGAGAAAGUGUUUCUGUUCUUGUGUUAUCUCCGCUGGCCAAGAACCUCUUCCACAGGGCCAUUUCUGAGAGUGGCGUGGCCCUCACUUCUCUUCUGGUCAGGAAGAACGCCAAACCUCUAGCUGAGAAAGUUGCUAUUACCGCUGGGUGUAAAACCACCACGUCUGCAGUCAUGGUUCACUGCUUGCGCCAGAAGACAGAGGAGGAGCUCUUGGAGACCACGCUGAAAAUGAAAUUUUUUACUCUGGAUAUGCUUGGAGACCCCAGAGAGAGCACUCCCAUGAUACCCACUGUAAUAGACGGUGUCGUGCUGCCCAAGACACCAGAGGAGAUUCUGGCUGAUAAGACGUUCAACACUGUCCCCUACAUUGUGGGAAUCAACAAGCAAGAGUUUGGCUGGAUUUUGCCCACGAUGAUGGGUUUUCCCAUCUCUGAAGGCAAGCUGGACCAGAAGACGGCCACAUCACUCCUGCAGAAGACUGGCUCUCUUCUGGAGAUCCAAGAUGAACUGACUCAAAUGGCCACUGAGAAGAAUUUUAGAGGGACAGACGACCCUGUCAAAAUCAAAGACCUCUACCUGGAGUUGAUGGGAGAUGUGAUAUUUUGUAUCCCAUCUGUGACUGUGGCCCGUGGUCACAGAGAUGCUGGAGCCCCCACCUACAUGUAUGAGUUUCAGUAUCGCCCGAGCUUCGUACCAGACAUGAGACCCAAGACGGUGAUAGGAGACCAUGGGGAUGAAAUCUACUCAGUCUUUGGGGCCCCAAUUUUAAAAGGGGGCACCUCAGAAGAGGAGACCAACCUCAGCAGGAUGGUGAUGAAAUUCUGGGCCAACUUUGCUCGCCAUGGGAACCCAAAUGGGGAGGGGCUGCCCCAUUGGCCAGAGUAUGAUCAGAAGGAAGGGUACCUGAAGAUUGGAGCCAACACCCAGGCAGCCCAGGGGCUGAAAGAGAAGGAGAUGGCUUUGUGGACUAAGCUCAGAGCCAAGAAGCCUCCUCAGAGAGAACAUGUGGAAUUGUGAAUGGGAGACCGAGCCAGCCUCAGGAGACCAGAGGAGCCCCAACGGGGGUGUUCUGCAGGAUGUGUUUGUAGACCAAGGAGACAUCUUAUUGUGGAAGUUGGAGAAUUGUGUGGUGUAGGUGGGGACAGUCCAGGAGGGGAAGUUUUUGUACUUGUGGCCUUGAUUUGCAGAAUGAAUGUUCAUUUGGAGACCAAA